AUGUCUCAAAGAAUUGGUACUAGUGUUCUGGCACUCACAAGAGUAUGGCAUCAUGUUGAUGUUGCUGCUGAUGAAAGAUCCUUAGGUCGUUUAGCAUCAAGUAUAGCAUUAACCUUAAUGGGUAAACAUAAACCAACAUAUUCAGCAAAUAGAGAUCAUGGGGAUUAUGUAGUAGUUACAAAUUGUGCACAUGUUAAAGUUACUGGGAAUAAAUUAAAAGAAAAAACAUAUUGGAGUCAUACUACCAGACCAGGUUCAUUAAAUCUUAUUCCUAUGGAAAGAAUGAUUGCUAAUAAAGGUUAUGGUGAAAUUUUGAAAAGAGCUGUUAAAGGUAUGAUUCCAAAAAAUAAACUUAGACUUGUUAGAAUGGAUAGACUUAAAGUUUUUGAUGGUGAUGAACAUCCUUAUAAAGAUAAUUUGAUUGCUUUUGCUGAUGAAAUCCCUGAUAUGAGACUUAAAGCACAACAAUUGGAAUUGAAUGAAAAGAAAAGAACUGAACUUAGAGAGAAAUAUUUGGCUCAUCAACAAUAA